AUAUGGUCAGGAUCAGUUAUGUGCGAGGUUUUAUGCCAGCCGUGCUCCUGGUUUCCAUCUUGCUCUUUCUCACCUCGGCCAACUGGUGGACCCGCCUGAAUGGAGCUGAAGUGCCGCAGAAGAGGGAGAGUUAUCACCCUCCAGCAAACCACUCGCUGCAGGUACAGAACAGUGACAUUCUGAAGAGAUUGGAGAAAAUGGAGGCUCAUAUCAACAAAUUAGUUGAUGCACUUCACAAAAAGGAGGACAAAGAGGUGGUGGAGAACAAGGAGAAGAAGAAAAAGGAAGAGAGGAAGUUUGGGAAAGUCAACCCCGAUCAUCAUCUCUUCAAGAAUUGGUGGGAUGCUACCUUGACGGAACAGGAACAAACUGAAGCCGUGGACCUUUUCACAAGAUAUGGCUACAACACAUUCCUCAGCGACCGCUUACCCUUGGACCGGGAGUUAAAUGAAACACGGCCUCCCAAGUGUUUGGAUCGCUCCUACCCAAAGGAUCUGCCAACAUUGAGUGUAGUACUGAUCUACCUUGAUGAGGCCCUCUCCAUCCUUAAGAGAGCCAUCACCAGUAUCAUUAACAGAACGCCUUCUCACCUUCUGCGAGAGAUUAUACUGGUGGACGACCACAGCUCCAAAGAGGACUUGAAGCAACCGUUGAAUGCCUUUGUCAACCUCAUCCAUGAGACCAAACCAGGCUUGAUCAAGUUGAUCAGGCAUUCUACCCAGCUCGGCCUGAGCUCAGCACGGAUAUCGGGGUGGAAGGCCGCCACUGCCGAUGUGGUUGCCAUUUUGGAUGCCCACAUUGAGGUCCACAAAUACUGGGCGGAGCCGUUGCUGACGAGGAUUCAGGAGGACCGCACGGUCGUGGUGUCUCCGGUCUUUGACAAAGUGGACUGCUAUAAUCUGAAGCUGGAGAACUACUACCCCAGUGCACAUGGCUUUGACUGGGGCCUGUGGUGCUCGUAUGAGAGCUUCCUCCACGAUUGGUAUGCCAAAAAGGAUGACUCACUACCGGGAAAAUCUCCAUCCAUCAUGGGAAUACUUGUGACAGAUCGCAAGUUUUUUGGUGAGAUUGGAGCCCUGGACCCUGGCAUGAGUGUGUAUGGUGGGGAGAACGUUGAAUUAGGCGUUAGGAUUUGGAUGUGUGGCGGCAGCAUCGAGGUCAUCCCCUGCUCUAAGAUCGCCCACUUGGAGAGGGCCCACAAGCCCUACAUGCCCGACCUGACCGACGUCAUGCGCAGAAACGCUCUCCGAGUAGCAGAGGUGUGGAUGGACGAGUAUAAGAAGAACGUGAACAUUGCCUGGAAUCUCCCCCUGAAGGACCAUGGCAUAGAUAUUGGGGAUGUGUCUGAAAGAAAACAGCUGAGGGAGAAACUUAAGUGCAAGUCCUUUAAGUGGUAUCUGGAGAAUGUCUAUACCAACCUGGACAAGUUUGACCUCAUCGGCUAUGGAACACUGCAAAAUGUCGACACAAAUGAAUGUGUGGACCAAGGCCCUGUUCCAGGACACACGCCAAUUGUAUAUGGCAUAUGUCAUGGUUACAGCCCUCAGCUUUGUUACAUGCUGGUAAGCGGCGAGAUAUAUGUUGGGGACAUUCAUUUUCACAAGACCUCGGUCAACCGUUGCCUGGUCGACACGGGCACAGGAGAACUUCCAUGGCUCGUAGAAUGCAGCAAGUCAAAGGAAACAGACGACAACAAAUACUGGGACAUCAAAGAUGACUCUGUCAUUCAGAACAGACAAACGAAAAGGUGCCUGGAAGUAAAGGACAGCAAGCUUGUCAUGCAAGAGUGUAGUGGACAGCGAUGGAAGAUUCAACACAUGAUCAAAGAGGAGUUGUAGGUUGUGAAUUUUGCAGUCAGGUCAAGGCUAUUGCUGUGUUUUUGUAUACAUGAAAGUUUAUAACUGUUUAGAAUUUCUGUUACGAUUGUUGUGUUUAUUGUGCUUUUGUAAAUUGACUUCUGAAAAUUAAUCUUAAUUUUUUUUGAAAAUCUGGAAGUAGUGAGGUACAAACAGUUAUACUUCACCAAACAAAUAUUUAAAAACAAUUAUUCAAAA